GAGCAUAAAUAGCGAUCGCACUUUCUCGGACGGCAUCAGUCGCUCAGGGCACACCGGGGCAAACCGAUCGGAAAACUUAGGCGCCUAAUAUACAAAGCCGAGUUCUCAACUGGGACUUGUGUUCUGGGCCGGCCGGUAUAGAGCGGGGGCCACCGCAUGUGCUGAUCCGACCGGCGGUUCGGAGCACCCUACGCGGAGUUGUUUUCACUUCUGUUUACCUGUUCCACUCGUCGUCCGGUGCGGAUUGCGGCGGGAAGUGGUGGAUACGAGAGUCGAGCCGUACCGGCAUCUCAGGAGAUUUCGGCGUACGGACGGAACAAGCAACCUAGCCUCCACUUCCACUUGGUGCAGGAACAUACUGUACUAGUUCCACAAUGGCCAGCUUUGUCAUGGACCUGGUGGAACAACUCAAGUCGCACGCCGACCCCCGCACUAAGGACUUCCCGUUGAUCGGAAACCCGACGAUGGUGCUGACCCUGAUCGCAGGUUACCUGUACGUGGUCAAGGUGUGGGGGCCCCGGUACAUGGAGGACCGUAAGGCCUACGACCUCAAGCGCAUCAUCAUGGCCUACAACGCCUGCAUGGUGAUGCUCAACGUGUUCUUCUUCUACAAGUUCCUGUCGCACUCGUACUUAGGCGGCGGUUACAGCUGGCUGUGUCAGGGCAUCGACUUCCAAGACCCCGGGUCACUCACCAUCGUGUCGUACUGCUGGUGGUACUUUAUGGUGCGCAUCCUGGACUUCGCCGACACGAUCUUCUUCCUUUUGCGCAAGAAGUAUAGCCACAUUUCGUUCCUGCACGUCGUCCACCACAGCCUGGUCGUCUGGAACGGCUGGCUCUUCAUCACGUUCGGCGCCGACGGCCAGGGCAUCAUGGGCGUCUGUAUCAACUCGUUCAUCCACAUUGUUAUGUACACUUACUACUUCUUAGCCGCCCUGGGACCCUCCGUGCAGAAGUACCUGUGGUGGAAGAAGUACAUCACCACCAUGCAGAUCGUCCAGUUCGCCGUCUUCAUCGGGUUCGUCUGCGUGCCCCUGUUCAAGGACUGUGGGUAUCCGCGCUUACUCACCUACCUUGCCGCCUCCCAAUGCUGCUUCUUCCUCGUGCUCUUCAUCAACUUUUACAUUCACACCUACGUGAGAACCAGGAGAGGCCAGGUGCACUUCUUCUGCGGCAACUACGAGGCCACUUCGCGGGCCACCGUGCCGGCGAAGAAAGGCGAGCAGCCAACGACGAAUGGAAAUACGGUCUCGGCCAACGGUAGCGCCGCGAACGGCAACGCUCACGUAAACGGCUACUCUAACGGCGUUGGACUCAAGAAGAGGGAAGCCAAGAUACGCACCCACUAGAGUGCAGAAAAAAAAAAAAGUGGGCAGUGAAAUGUUCGGGGCGCGUGCAAGCGACGUCGCCGAGCAUGUGCUCGGCGUCGUCGGGACUGACAGCGCGCGCCUUGCUGGACUGAAUAGUUAUCAUUGUGGUGUCGACCAGCUAACCGGAAGCGUCUAUUUAUUUUCCAGUGGGUUUGUUAAGACGUGGCGCGCUCUUCUGUUUAUCCAGUGUGGCGCAAAGAAUUGGACCUACAGCGACGGACGUGCGAAGGUUGCAGUUCUGGACCGACGUAAGGCGCACUGUCGCACAACGUACCGUCGCUCUUCGUAGUUAUGUGUAUUACCACACGGUUCAUGGUGGUCGUGUGCCUGUUAGGUAUUCCAUGGAUUCUCUGCCGGGCAAUUAGAGAUCAACAAAAUCAUCACGCAUGGAGUGAAAGUAAUAUUAAAUGCCAUUUGCGUAGCUCACCUAAGACGGGACGAAAAGGAUACACGCACACACAGCGAUAUCCGUCUCUUUUCGUCCCGUCUUAGAUGCACUACGUGAAUGGCAUUUAAUGACGCACAAACAAGCUCAACGUGCAACCUUAGCUUAAAUCGAUGCUUCAUGUUUAUGUUCUUGUUUUCCAUUUAUUCAUAUUGCACGCUCAUUUUCAUUUCACGUUCGUCGUAAAACAUUUUUAGUUCGCUGCAAUGCGUUUUCAUUCAUGGCAAAGUAUGGCACUGCAGUUGCCACAGAAGCUGUGAUAUCGCGGCUCUUGCAGUAGUGUCCUUUGUAUGUCGAGGUCAUGCGUUUUUCAGCAAAUGUGCGUGGCGUGUCUGCGAUUUCAUCAUGUCUCUUGUUUUAUCACCUGACAGCCAACUACUGUACAUAGACGUUUGUUGUACUGUUGUGCUUUUGAUGAAUACACACGUUUUCAUCAGU